UAUGCUGUUCUAGCUAAUGGCAGAAGAGACGUCUGAGCUGAGCCCUUCGUUGCAAGCCAAGAGAAGCACGCACACUCCGAGGACAGCAACAGUAGACACUCUAACCAUCGCGUUUGAAGUAGAGGGAGGCCUCGAUCAACUCCCUGAGAGUUUACGGGAUCUAGUUUACGGUGAAGAAUACGGACCCCUCAUGGCAAGUGCCUCUGAAGUUGAUGCUGAGACAGCCAAGACGUCUCUUGGAGAGCGAACCGUCCACAGCAUAAGCAUUGAAACUCAUCUCCCUCGGCUGGACUCCUGUGAGGGAGGAGGUGGGAGGACGUAUGCCUCAGCCACAGCCAACGUCUCUCCGUCUUCCUCCCUGAGGGACGAGAAAGGAGCCACCACGGCUACACUCCGAGACAAGAUCCCCUUUUUCUCCGGAAUACCAGCUGUGGAGUGUAUAAAGGGAGUCAUGCAUCUCUUCAAACAUAGGUACACACACACAUUUUAUGCAUCGCCAUCUUCUCCUCCCGUCUCUCAUCGCCAGGUCAGAGCCUCACUCCAGCUGCCUGGUAUGUGUCCUCUGUGUCCCUGCCAGCCUCCACCUCUCCGACCUGCUCACCUUCUUCUCCUCCAUCCUUUCAAAUUUCGAGAGUCUAAGAGUGAUACGUGACAAUACCCCCAACCAGUACAUGUUACUACUCAAGUUCAAAGAUGAGGUGAAGGCGGUGGAGUUCUACAGGCUGUACAACGGGAGACGUUACAGCAGUCUGGAGCCGACAGUCUGUCAGCUGGUCUACAUCAGUAGAGUCAGGAUCGACAAGUCCUCCCAGGGAGCUGGGCUGGCUGGGCCGUGCCUGGUGGAGCUACCUUCCUGCCCUGUCUGCCUAGAGAAACUGGUCAGUUCUCCACCGAUAUUUCUAGUCUCCCACUCUGUUUCUUUGUGUUGUUCUUCUUCUUGUCUUUCUCUCUGUGACCUGUCUCCCCCUCUUUCGUUUGUCAUUUGUCAGGAUGAUUCUGUGCUGACUAUUCUGUGCAACCACUCAUUUCAUACCAACUGCCUCACAAAAUGGAAAGACUCCACUUGUCCAGUCUGCAGGUAUACCCAGAGUCCAGACCCCACAGGAGACAACACAUGUUUGUCAUGUGACUCCAGAGAGGAUCUGUGGAUCUGUCUCAUCUGUGGAAACAUUGGCUGUGGGCGUUAUGUUGGCAGACACGCCCACACACAUUUUGUGCAGACGCAGCACACGUUUGCGAUGCAGUUAGGGACGCAGAGAGUGUGGGACUAUGUUGGAGAUAACUAUGUGCAUCGCCUGGUACACAACAAAGAGGACGGUAAACUCGUUGAGGUCGGAGGUCACGUAGCCAUGGUGGGAGAUGACGAGAAGAUAGACUCGCUGCAGCUUGAGUACACCUAUCUGCUCACAAGUCAACUGGAGAGCCAGAGGCUCUUUUUCGAAGAGAAACUGGCAGUUGUCGAAAAGGAAGCAAAUGAAGAGCUGUCUGCGAUGGAGCAGAGAUGUAGGAGUGCGGUGACAGAGAAAAACGGUCUUGAAGAGAAACUUGCAGAGUCCGAGAGAGCCAGGAAGGCUUCGGACAAGAAGAUGCAACAGCUCCAGCAAAAGUUGGAAAAGUUGUCGACACAACUGAACGAGGAGAAGCAAAUGAACAAGUGUCUCUCCGACAAUCAGAGACUGUGGAAAGACAGAGUCACAAUGUUGGAGGAAAAGAUAGACAUCACCAUCAAGCAAAAGGAAAAGCACCUUGAAAACUCAAGCACUAACGAAAUUUCUCAAGGAGAUGCGAGAUCUGAGAGAGCAAGUGAGAGACCUCAUGUUCUACCUCGAGACUCAGAAGAAGAUUGCAGAGAGCCCCUGAGGAAGCCAGACAGGAGAUAAAGGAAGGUCAACUGGUGGUGACUCAGUCCACCUCACAUGCCUCCUCCUCCUCCUCAACAGCUUCGAGAAAAGGCCGCAAGAAACGAUAGCAUCAACACAUAAAAUCUCUAUUAUUAACCAGUGUAUGUAUAUAGUCAUAAUACACAUCAAUCUUCAGCACAAUAAAAUUAAUUAGAAGUUAGUUGGCUCUCCAGUAAACUGCUGAGCUAUAUCUAAUAAAUGCCUCCCGAUCCCUUCAGAGUUUCCACCAGGCAGAAACUCAUUAGUCAAUUCUCUCAGGGUUAUCCCCACUCUUCUGGUAAUAAUGUUUUCUCUCUCUAUUGAAUGGAGCCAGGCGUGUCUUGCAUUUCCUUGAACCACGACUAGUGACUGCGGAGGUAGGGGUACGUGGAUUUUGGGGUGGGGGUGAAGUGUGUCCUGUGGAGGUUGGGGGUGUAGUGUGUCCUGUGGAGGGUGAGGGUGUAGGGAGGUGGGUAGUGAGAAGGUGAGGAGAGUGGAGAGAACAGAGGUUGAGGGUGACCAGCCUCUCCCCCCCAAAGCCAGCUGUCGUCGCGAUGUGCCUCAAUGUGUGCUCCUCUCUCCGGUCUGUAGUCAAGGUUACACAACUCCACGGGAAAAAGUCAGCAAGAACAUCCACUUCCUCUCUCAUCCUCUUCACAAGUGGUUCGAUGAAAUGUGGCAGGCCCCUGAAGGCACCCAGCUUCAACUUCUGUCGCUUGAAGUUCACCGUUGGUCCAUAGUCCUGUUUCCUUCUCCCUGACUGAGAGUCGAUCCAGGCGUGAGAGUCAACUGCAGACAAUAUGGCGGCCUCUUCUUCCUUCGUUAGGAACUCCUUCACGACGGUCACGCCGUCAAACGGGGGAGUGGUGGCUUGCGUGAACGAGGGCAGGGAAGGGCUGAGGACUUUAGAUGCCUUGCAGGGUUCUCUGCUGCAGACGCGGAGUGGAGAGAGGGCGGGGUCUCGUGAUCGGCGACAGUCCUCGAGCGACGAGCGCACCUCGCCGCAUCUGUAGCAGGGGUACAGCGAAGGACAAGCAGUAUCAUCUCUUCUGACGGGUUUCCCAACCUCUCCCUCGCAGAGGAGACACGUUCUAGCACCUCUACAGCCACAAACUCCCGUAUGCGAGCGUGAAGAAGUC